AUGGCGUGCUGCGGCACGCGGUCGCGGGUCGACGGCCCGGAGGCGUGCACGGUCUGCCUCGAACCGCUCCCGCUGCCCGGCCCAGGCGGCGACUGCGUCCUCGUGCUGCACGCGUGCGGUCACGCCUUUCAUCGCGACUGCGCGCAGGACUUCCUCCUCGACGCGCUGCGUCGCAGGAGGACGCCCAGGUGCCCGAACUGCCGCGCGACGCUGCACACGGCGCCGUUCGGUAAGCUGCUCGGCCAGCGCAAGUUACCGCGCAGCAGGCGGAUGAAGAACAUGCGGCAGCUCAUCACCGUCUCGGAGGAAUACAUGAAGCACAAGAACUGGAGGGUGCCGAGGCGUAACCCCACGGGCACCAGCGAGCAGCAACGCGCGCUCGCCGGCCUGAUCAUCCAGUCCCGCAAGGAGUUCAAGGAGGAGUUCGGCGAGGAGCCGUAA